CACCUUCUUUCUUUUAACUUCAUGGUCCACUAAAUGCUUUUGAAUGCUUUGCAGAGGAGCAACCUAAAAAGCCUGCCUAUUCCGCCAAAGCAUCUUCCCGCGAUUCCCACGGAUCCAGCGCGUCGCGGUCCGUCAAAUCCUCACGGUCCUACUCUAUUGACCAUGACAGAGAUUUCCCAAGCCCUGUCCUUCGAUCCCGCGAACUAAUCAUAUCGCCCAAAGAGCCCGAGUAUCCUCCACAGACCCAUGGCGCGCCCCCUCCAGUACCGCCAAUCUCUCAGAGACGAAAAAUGUCUGCCGUCUCUUCGUUCGCACCGUCAGCACGAUCUAUGUCCAUCAGCAGUGGGAGCUCCACGGGUUCAUCCUCCAACGGAGGUCCCUCCAUCCCUGCCAAGGACUCAAGGCGUGUUUCGACCCAGUCCUCUACCAGCUCAGUUGAGACGCUCGCGAUCCCCAAGUACGAUGUUCUCCCCAAGCGUCGCAAUCCUCAGACUAUCUGGGAAGCAUGCCAAGAGGGAAAUGUUGAUCUCACGGAGUGGUAUAUCCUUACCAAUGGUGCCAAUCCCAAUGCUUUGAUCUCGUUGCCCCCGUACUCUAUGCUGGCCGAGGUGGCACCGAUCCACGUUGCGUGUUUUUACCAGCCCGAGAGCCUCAUGGCGAUCUUGAAGGUACUGCAGCGCCAUGGCGCCAACAUGCAGCAAGUAACGACCAUCACUCAUCAGUCGGCACUGCACAUUGUGCUCGAGCACGCCACCAACUACAAACACGCCCUUGAGGUCUGCAGCUUCUUGAUGCAGGAAUGCAAGUUGAGUGUUAACGAUCAGGACAACCGCGGAGUCACCCCGUUCCAUAAGUUCCUCAAGAACCCACACUUGAGCAACAGGCCGUCGGUUGCUGCGUCUGAGCUCUACACGCUGCUGCGCGAGCGAGGAGGGGCCAAUUUGAACAUGGAAUCUCAUCACGAGGGCAAUGCCCUUGGCAUGGCUGCCAGAUACCUUCGCGUCGAUCUGUUGAAACUGUUUCUCUUGACAGACAUCGCCUGCUCGGAUCCCCGCAGCCUGGCCUAUGCACUCAACCAGGUCGAAGCGCCUCUGAGCGAGAGUCGCCCCUCAAAGUCUGCACAGGACCUGUGCCUGUCUAUCCUUAUGGAAUGGACAGGCGAACGUGGCGAGGCCAAGCGAAUCCAGAUGGCGGAGCGCAUCCUUGAGCACCAGGGGUUAUCGGUAUCUGAUUCUCCUGCAUCCUCGCACUCUUCGCAUCCAAGCGGCUCAAAGGGACGCAAGCAAAGCAUUAGCCUCUUGAGCAUCGGCAAGUCCAAGAAGAACAAGGCCGAACCCGAGCCUCCGCUGCCUACCAAGCUGCCUGUUGAGGUCGAGGUGGCAAAGAAGAUCCUCCAGAGCACUGUCGCCAAGCAGCAGAAGCUGAAGGCAUUCAUGGCCCAGUCCGGUUUCUAAACGCAUUCAAGUUAUGACCCCUCUUUCUCCUUCCUCCCCUGCUCUUCCAUACAUACCCAGUGCCCGAUCCAUCUAUCAUUCCCGUCUUUUUUAUGUUUUCUUCCGUGAAAAACGCGACUGUAUAUAUUUUGCUUCUUCCUUUUAUUUGUAUAGCUUACCUUACUCAUGUUUACCGAUAUUCAUCCGCACAUUCAUCCAAGCACAUCAUUUACUUCAGCAUAUUUCAUGAAUCACUUACAGAUACAAACAGAAAAAUAAACAGAGCUCAUCUUAGUGGUGUAGAUCAUCGUCCCAGCAAUAAUCUAGACGCUACACCAGGAUCAACGCGACAAUGUUCUUUGUCUUCUGGUUAACGCCCCGAGGGUGUCUCAAGAUGAUCCAAUAUAUCUUUUCGUUUGUUAGUAGGCGGAGAUGGGAGGAGAAACCAG